UUUUGCAGUCAAACACACACGAAGAGAGGUAAUGUUCGAUCAGAUGAUUGAUCACGUGACUGGCAAGAAUCAUUUUAAAAGAAUUCAUGCCCUUCAAAUGACAUUUUGAACGUGUCAUUGGUUGUAGCAGCACUGAGGUGUUUGAUAUUUUUGGAGAAAUUACCGAAACAUUAUGUCUAAAAUUGGAAUUAAUGGAUUUGGCCGUAUUGGUCGUUUGGUACUAAGAGCUGCAUUGGAUAAGGGUGCUCAAGUAGUAGCCAUCAAUGACCCCUUCAUUAGCGUAGAUUACAUGGUGUACUUGUUCAAAUUCGACUCUACCCAUGGCCGCUUUAAGGGUACAGUUGGUGUUGAAGGAGGAAAUUUGGUUGUAAAUGGACAAGCCAUUCAAGUAUUCCAAGAAAGAGACCCCAAGUCUAUCCCAUGGGGUAAAGCCGGUGCCCAAUAUGUUGUUGAAUCCACUGGCGUUUUUACUACCAUUGAAAAAGCCUCAGCUCACUUGGAGGGCGGUGCCAAGAAAGUCAUCAUUUCAGCUCCAUCAGCCGACGCCCCAAUGUAUGUAGUUGGUGUCAAUCUGGAUAAAUACAACCCGGCCGAUAAGGUUAUCUCUAAUGCUUCCUGCACAACAAACUGUCUGGCUCCCUUGGCCAAGGUCGUUCACGACAACUUUGAAAUUGUUGAGGGUUUGAUGACCACUGUGCACGCAACCACUGCCACCCAAAAGACUGUCGAUGGACCCUCCGGAAAAUUGUGGAGAGAUGGUCGCGGUGCCCAGCAAAAUAUCAUUCCCGCCGCGACAGGUGCGGCCAAGGCUGUCGGCAAAGUUAUCCCAUCGUUGAAUGGAAAGCUGACUGGAAUGGCCUUCAGAGUGCCCGUUGCCAACGUUUCCGUUGUUGAUCUGACCGUCAGGUUAGGCAAAGGGGCCAGCAUGGAUGAAAUCAAGGCCAAGAUCAAGGCGGCUGCCGAUGGCGAACUGAAGGGCAUCCUGGGCUACACCGAGGAGCAGGUGGUGUCCUCCGACUUCAUCGGCGACACCCACAGCAGCAUUUUCGACGCCUCCGCCGGCAUCUCCCUCAACAAUAACUUCGUCAAGCUGAUUUCCUGGUACGACAACGAGUACGGCUACUCCAACCGCGUCGUCGACCUCAUCAAGUUCAUCCAGACCAAGGAUGCCUAAGUAUUAGUACUCUCUAGGUUAAGCAGAUCAGAUGGAACGUUCUUUGUUUUCUCUCAUAGCUCUUGACACGUUAAUAGUCACAUUCGUAUUUAUAUAACCGUAUAUUGUCGCUUAGAAAAAGUUGUGUUAGGAUUUAUAUAAGCCGGUUGCAAGGUGGAGAAACCAAAAAAAAAAGAAUUUGACAAAUUCAGUCUAAUUAUAGUGUUUAGUGUUAAUAUAUUAAUGUCAUGUAUAAGUGUAAAGUGCUGUUUGUUUAUAUAUCAAUCCUGUGCUGAUUUUUGUUUAUUAAAUUAUGAUUAAAGUGUAUUUGAAUAAUAAAUCUUAACAAGCACUCUA